AUAUCAUCAAUCGGCGAUAAUGUCGACGAUAUCAGCGAUGAGAUCCGUUCUUUUAGUGAAAGAUUCGAUUACGUAUUCACUACUGGUGGCGUAGGACCUACGCAUGACGACAAGACUUAUAUAGGUCUUGCACGAGCGUUCAACGAAGACCUACGAAGAUCUCCAGAGAUCGUCGCGGCCAUCAAACGUUACUUUCCUGCGGGACAGUUGUCAAACGAGCACAGCUCAUUUGUUGACAAGCUGAGCAUGAUUCCCGCCUCUGCAGAAUUACUUUGGAGUAAAGAAGCUGAUGGGAGACCUUCAAAUUUCCCUGUUGUAAGGACGCGAAAUGUGGUCACGCUACCCGGUGUUCCACGUUUCUGCGAAAAAGCUUUUAAGGAAUUGAAGGCAAGUGGCCAACUUUUCCCUCCGUCCUUGAAGCCCAUGUUCUCAAAAACAAUCUACACAUCGAAAGAUGAGGUGAAAAUUGCUAAUGAUCUGGCGGAGAUUGCUUCGAAAUGUGACGGAGUUGUGGAAAUCGGGUCCUACCCUGUCAUGGCGAACACGUUUUUCAAAACAAAACUUAUAGUUGAAAGUGAGUCUUCGGAAUCAGGACAAGCUGUUACUGACGCGAUCUACGGCAUUUUAGAAGAUACUGUCGUUCACUACGAUGAGGAGCCAUGGGUUGAUACUGUCAAAAAGUUCAACAGUUAUCGAGAACGCGAGCUAGAGAAGAAUCCAGGAUAUGUAGCUCGACUAGAUGAUGCACUUGUAAUAAUCAGGGAUAUCUUGGAAGAAUAUCCCCUGGAACAGAUUAGUCUCUCAUUUAAUGGCGGAAAAGAUUGUACAGUCCUCCUCCAUCUGUUUCGAUUAGCUGUGGAUGAAAAGUAUGGUCCUAAUGUUGGGAUUCAAGGAUUUCAUAUAAUGGUUGAAGAUCAGUUCCCCGAAGCGACUCAGUUCAUAAUCGACGCGGCCAGG